GAGAAUUUAUCAAAAUAACUUAUCUUCCGGUUGUCAGCGAUCUGUCAUUUCAAAAGUAAGGUUAACUUCCUUUUUGUGUGAAUUUUUGAGAAAAUGGCUCCUCCAAAGCCAAAAUCAGCGGAAAAGCCCGCUGCAAAAAAAGAGGAAAAAAAGAAACCGUCCUCUGCCCCUUCCGGUUCAGGUGCUACCGGAUCAUCAAAAACCCCUGCACCGGCUCCCAAAGCCGCUGCUAAGGUAACAAAGCCCACAGCUAAACCGGCAGAAAAAAAAGCUGCCAGCAAACCAGGUCCCGUUAAAGCUGCCAAGGCUGCUAAGACUGCUGGCGCUUCUAAAACUGCUGGCGCUGCUAAAACUUCAGCUAAACAAGCCAAAGCUACUGGAAAACCAGCAGCAAAAGUUGCGGCAAGUAAAAAAGCAACAAAACCUACAGCUGCUAAAGCUAAGGUUCCACCAAAACCACUUUUGGCUAAGCCUAAGCGUAAUGUACCUGUUAAACAACAAAAAGGUGUUGUUGGCAAAAAAGCUGCUGCCCCACAAUCCUCCCCAGCUGUUGCUAAGGCACUUCAUAUAAGGAAGAAGGUUAUUAAAGGACCCAAUGGUACUCAUGUAAGGAAAAUUCGUACCUCAGUUCAUUUUCACCGACCUAAAACUCUUAGGCCUCCUCGUAAUCCUAAAUAUGACAGAAAAAGUGUACCAACCCGAUCCAGAAUGGAUGCCUAUAAUAUCAUUAAGUACCCACUAACAACUGAAGCAGCAAUGAAGAAAAUUGAGGAUAAUAAUACACUUGUAUUUUUGGUUCAUACAACUGCUAAUAAACACCACAUUAGAGCAGCCGUUAAGAAAUUGUAUGAUAUUAAUGUGGCCAAAGUGAACACAUUGAUCAGGCCCGAUGGUAAAAAGAAGGCAUACGUUAGGUUAGCUAGGGAUUAUGAUGCUCUAGAUGUAGCCAACAAAAUUGGAAUAAUUUAGGUUAAUUAUAUUCAGAUUUUGUAUCUUAUAAAUAAAAUUUGAAUGUCUAUA